AUGAAACUAGUCAUCACCCCCCGAUCCGCAAAGUCGCGCAAGUUCCCCAUCACUCUCGACCUCACCGGCUCACCUGCCGAUGUCCGUGUCGAAGAGGUCCAGGCUGCUAUCGAAAAGAAAUUUCCCCAGCUGUACCCCGACCGCCAGCGCCUGACCGUUGAGAAGGCCGCGCUCGAGUCUGGCAAGACCCUCGCUGACUAUGGCAUCAAGGACGGCGACUCUGUCACUUUCAAGGACCUUGGUCCUCAGAUUAGCUGGCGUACUGUCUUCUUGAUCGAGUACGGUGGUCCCUUGUUGAUCCACCCUCUGAUCUAUUACCUUCCUUCGUUGUUCUACGGGCAGACCUUCGAGCACUCUUGGAUGCAAACUGUGGCCUACUGGAUGGUGAUGGUUCACUUCUUGAAGCGCGAGUACGAGACCGUUUUUGUCCAUCGCUUCUCUCACGGAACAAUGCCCUUCCGCAAUGUCUUCAAGAACAGUGCUCAUUACCAUUUGUUGUCUGGAGUCAACCUCGCCUACUGGGUGUAUGGCCCCUGGAAUGCCGCUGGCGCGAAGGUCGCCGAGAGAAGCGAUGCUCUUGUCUACGGCUGCAUUGCCCUCUUCAUUUUUGCCGAGCUGUCCAACUAUAGCACUCACGUCACUCUGCGUAACCUCCGCCCUCCUGGUACCCGUGUCCGCAAGAUUCCUCGCGGCUAUGGUUUUGACUGGGUGUCGUGCCCUAACUACUUUUUUGAGACCCUGUCCUGGUUAGCGGUCUCCAUCCUAACCAUGUCCUGGUCCGCCCACUUGUUCUUUAUUGUUGCCGUCGGCCAGAUGUACAUCUGGGCUGUCAAGAAGCACAAGACAUACCGCAAAGAGUUCUCAGAUUAUCCCCGGGGACGCAAGGCCAUGUUCCCUUUGGUCGCGUAA